CCUCCAUCAUGACAAAACUGAAUUUGCAAUCGCGUGAACACCAGGGUCGAUGCCACACAACUCAGACGAACCGCCAUCUCCCCGACCUGGGCCGCCCGCACUACUGCGCUCAUCAGGAUUCCGCGUGGCGCUAUUGUUACUCGCACCGUUUUUCGCGCUGUUGCUGACACUUUGGGGCAUCGUUGGCCGCAUCCUCACACUUCCGCCCAAGCCCGUAGUUGUCACAGCUUUCAUCGUGACGUGGGUCCUGUACCUCUGCAUCCCGCACAUUCCUGUACGUCUGCUGGACUGGCCGCUUGUCAUCACUCUGGGCCUCGCCAUCCUCUCGCUGUUGCCGCGACACAACAGCCACGUCGCUCAUGGUGUUGUGACGGCUUCGCUCGUAGUCUACGCCAUCAUCCGCGUGAGCCUCACGAGUCUGGAGAGCGGCACUACCGAGAAAGCCAUUGUGGAGACGUUGGCAGCGCUCUGCUGCCUAUUUCCAGCAUGGUUAUCUAUUUGCAACUUGCAUUUGUGGCUGCCGUCAGAUCUAGAUGAACUGGAGAAGGUCGAGAGGAAGAUUUACGAACACUUCAUUGUGACGGAGUUCUCGCAGAGGAAAGUUGCAGGUCUCGGUACAAUUUAUGUGCCAUAUUGCGGUGAUAGCAAGCAACUUCCGCCAAGGAAUUUGGUUCUCGUGCACGGAUAUCUCGCGGGUAACGCAUUCUGGACAGCUAACCUACAAACUCUUGCGAAGUCUUUCAACGUGGUACGUCCGCUAUAGUAUGGUGAUGGUGUGAAAAUUGUGAGAUUAACGGUUGUUGUCGUAAUUUCUGGUAGUAUGCAGUCGAGUGGAAAGGGAUUGGACGGUCAGACCGUCCGAAAUGGCAUCCAAAGACGGAUGAAGAAAUGGAUGACUUCUUUGUAGAGUCCUUAGAAGACUGGAGGCGUGAGGUUAAUCUCGAUCGCUUCAUCCUUUGUGGCCAUUCAAUGGGGGUACGUUGGUCAUGGCAUUCGUGGUGUAAUGUCAUUCUAACAUCUCGAUGUAACAUCGACAACUGCUGUAUUCAGGCCAUGUAUAGUACUUAUUUUGCGGAGAAAUACCCGCAACGUGUUGAACACCUUAUCCUGAUCUCGCCCGCUGGAGUCAAUAGCAGCGGCCUGACACAAGAGGAUCUUCCCUCGUUUUUGAGGUUCACGUCGCUGUUCUACAUCACUCCAAUGAGCGCAAUUCGGUUCGCGGGUCCACUAGGCCCGAGUCUUGUUCGAUGGUCGUGGCGUCAACGCAUCAAAUGGACGCCGGCGACGAACAUCGUUCGAUCAGGGGAAGCGGACUUCGGUCUCAUUACAGAUUAUUGCUACCACAACUGGGCUCUUCAGGCCUCGGGCGAUAUCGCAUUCUACACACACUUGCACCCGGGAGCAAGUGCUAGACGCCGUGCAUUGGAUAGUAUUCUUACCCCGGAGAAACUUCACGUGCCGCUAACCAUUAUGUACGGUGGUGGCAUGGACUGGAUGAAUUCGGAAUACGGUGAGGCAGUUGUUCGUCGGCUGGAAAAGACCCGAUAUGCCGUUUUCCGACUGGUGCCCAUGUCGGGUCACCAGGUGUUCAUGGACAACCCGAGCGACUUCAAUCAAAUGCUCGUCCAGGCGGUGCGCGACCAGGAGCAUGCGGCCACGCAAUUCAAUCAACAGCCAGCUGGCCUAUAGAUUUGGUAUGGACACUAAUAAUAUCCAUUUUGGCAGAUAUGUUCAUCAUGUGGUGGCUCUCAUAUCCCAUGCUGGCAGAUAUCUUCACCAACAAAAGAUGCAGAUCUCUUGUGUGUUUGUCAGAUGGACGGGAGAGCAACCUAAUUUGAGGCAAGCCAUCAUACAUGUGGGCGUUCCAUACCAAGUUCGAGCUCGGAUCGCAGUCGCCUUCAUCUACACACUACAUGCUUUGCAUUGUGCAACUUACAUCUCCAGACUGAGAACCUUUGAAAUGGCGAACCGCAGCGAGGACGAGUGGAGUCUGGUGAGCGACAAUGAAGAAGUGCUUUCAGAUGUGAGCUUCGACGAAAUCGAUCCUGAACCUGAAGUCCAUGUACCAGAAGUGACAGUGUCGAAGACGGAAGUGUCUGCUCGCAUUGGCAACGAAGUUGAUGCAGAGGAAGAAAAAGCAGGCGUGCUAUCGCUUCUCGCCGACACGAUAAUCUCGUCCGAGCGUUCAGUCGAGAGUUACUCUCGUGAGAUUCGCGUUUCGUUGCUCUCACCAGCUCACCAAGAAUGGAUUUUGGGGUCUUCUCGAUGCUCUCCACAAAUCUCGACGAUCGAUUCUCCCGAGCGCAACGUUAAGCUAGCAUUUAUCGAAUCUGAUGUUCGCCCUAAGUCGUUCCCUGAUCGCCUGCGAGUUAUAACAGCAGCUAUGCGUCCACUUCCACAAACAGAAGAACCACCAAAGUACACCGAAGUCACUCCGUUCAAGCAGAAUCAAUCCACUCAAGUCGACUUUGAUGCUCCACCUGUGAAGUCGCACGAAAACCGUGCAACACUACUACGCGAUGCACUAGAUCGGUCCAUGACGUUGACAAACCAACUCCGUGCCAAGUCUCAGGACAGCGAGCGACUUUCCCUUCGCAUCGCAGAACUGGAGAGCGUGAUCGUCCAAACCGAGCAGAAGACUCGACGUCAUGCAAUGGUGAUCACGAUGAACGAACGCAGUUUAACGCUUGCCAAGCAACAGGCCAAACUCAGCGUCGAGUAUCAAGAUAAUCUGAAGGCAAUUGCUGACAGUCUCAGACGAGAAAAUUCCCAAUUGACUGCUCAGAAUGCGGCUCUGCGUGGAGAGGACGAAGCUUUGGCUGUACGCAGCUUGGCCGAUCUUGAAGAAUUGGAAACUAUGCUGGCACGCGGCGUGGAGAGCGUUCGCGCUGCUCUUCGAGCCAAGUACCGAGCUGCCAUUGAGAAGCAGCGCGAAAAUGACCUCUGUGUUGUGUGUUUUGAAAAGCCGGUAUCGGUGGUUCUGCUGGCCUGUCGACACCAAGUUCUUUGCGCUUCUUGUGCUGUGCGAAUGACAACAUGCCCCAUCGACCGCAAGGACAUUCAGGACAAAGUUCUGACCUAUGGACUCAACGCCUACACGACCAGUUCGAGUUAGAUCGUACAGUUUGAGUAGCGACAACGCGAACAAAGCGUAUUCCGUUUACCGUUUCAAUGAACGAGUACAUUUGUCUGGAUAACC